UGGAGCAGUUGGACACGCAGCGCCAGGAACAUGGCAGACGAGGAGGGCUCGCUGCCGGCCCCCGGCCCCGUCUCCCCAGCGGAGAGUCCUAAAACCGAGCGGCCUCAUUUCGUCUCCUUCUCCGAGAGCGUCCAGCCUGCAGUCGGCAUGAUGAGCCAGCUCCUGGCCCAGCACUCGUCCCUCAAGUUUGACAAAAACAUCAAGCAGGCCUUCUACAACACCGGGGCGAUGAUCUUCGUGGCGAUCUGCUGCGGGGCGGCCGUGCUGGUCUACUUCAUCCUGGAGGCCUUCCUCCGCCCGCUGCUCUGGGCAGUGCUGUGCGGCACCUUCCUCCACCCCUUCAAGCACUCCCUCGCUCGCCUGGGCCGCUCGUGGCUCAGCGGCCUCCAGGACACCGGGACUCCCAUCGUGGUAGGGACCCUGCUGGUCCCGGUGUGGUGCGUCAACUACGGGGUGGAGGCGAUGGGAAGGCUGGUGCUGAAGAGGCUGACGGUGCUGCUGGUGAUCGGUGCCGGCGCGCCGCUGGUUUACGUCCUCUACCUGUCCUGGAGCGUCAUCGGCGUGCAGGUGAUCCUCGGGCACGUCUGCUGGGUCAUCGGGACCGCUCUGGACUGCUUCCACGCGGUGUGGGUGUGCAGUGUGGUGUUUGGCUACUUGCUGGCAGUCUGUUUCAAGUGGAGUCCUCAAACGGAGCGAUACCUAAAGACCAUAGCCGUCCCUGUCUGGGUUGCACUCCUCUUCUUUGUUGUGUCUCUGACUGGCUCGUGGAGGGUGCCCAUAUUUGUGGUUGUGGCUGUUCUUCUCAUCGUUGGCUCCCAGGAGAAACCGCCCGUCGCUGGCAGAGGAGAGCUGUCUGGCCAGGUGCUGUCAUUUGCUGCCAACACAAUUUACAUGGCCAUUUCCUGCAGCAGCUUCCAACCAAAAGCAGAACUAAGUGAGAAUUCCACCUCAGGUGGUGUCAACCCAGUAGCUCCGCCUCCUGCGACUCCCGGCUUCCCUCGAGGAGCUUUACCAAGAAGCCUCUUCCACAAAGACAAGCGCUCCCGUAGAGCCAGUGAUAUCUAUUUCAUUCUGCUGGUCUGGGCUAUUGCUCUGGUCCAGGUGUGGCUCCACCUCUGGAUUGUAAAGCUGCUACCCAUCCCUGUAGCUGUGUGGGUGCUGAAAAAGUUGGCGGUCCGCUUCGGUCUGAAGAGUUUUGCCGAGCGCACUCUGACCUCGUGGUGGGUGGUGCUGGAGAAGUUUGGACGUGAACGGGAAGAUGCCCUGCUCCCUGGACCAAUCAAAGGCCUGGUUCAAUUCCUGCUGCGUGUCGACAUCAAGCUCUGGCAUUGGCUUAACAAGCAGAUGAUAGUUUGGCUGGAGCGAUCACUGGAUAAAAUCAUCAGCAUCUUCAUCAUCUUCCUCCUUGUUACAGGGACCCUGCUCAUGGCUUUGCUGCUCACUGCUAUGGUCCAUCAGGAAAGUGUCCACAUCAUCGAAGUCACCAGUAACCUAAUCAACGAGACAGUUUCUAACCAUCCGGAAUGGGCCAACAUGCUUCCAGAAGCUCGUGUUGUGCAGAAAGCUCUGAAUUCAGCUGCUACCAAUGUUUAUCAGCACGGGAGAGAAUGGAUAACACAGAAGCUCCAAAAGAUGCUGGGAGACAAGGCCAACCAGACGGCAGUGAUUGAGAAGCAGGUUUUGGAGCUUUGGGACAGACUGUACCACUCUUGGUUCGUGAAGAAUGUGACCCAGUCUGGCCGCCUUCGUGGGCACAAGAUGAUUCAGAGACACAACAGCUGGCUGGGGGACAUCCUGGACUGGAAGGACAUUGCUUCCUUUCUUCAGGAAAAUAUUGAGACUCUGCUAUCUAUCCUGGAGUCACUGUGGGUAGUGAUGAGCAGGAACGUCGGCCUCCUCAUCUCCACGACCACCACCCUCCUCACCGUCUUGUUCCACAGUGGCACUGCGCUGCUCAACUUUGCACUGAGUUUGGUGAUCUUCCUCACCACCCUCUUCUACCUCCUGAGCUCUAGCGGUGAAUACUACAAACCCGUCAAAUGGGUGAUCAGCCUGACGCCUCUCUCCCAGCCUGGACCCUCCUCUAAUAUAAUUGGUCAGUCUGUGGAAGAGGCCAUCAGAGGAGUAUUUGACGCCUCUCUGAAAAUGGCCGGCUUUUACGGCCUCUACACGUGGCUCACCCACACCAUCUUUGGCAUCAACAUCGUCUUCAUUCCCUCUGCUCUGGCUGCCAUCCUGGGGGCCGUGCCGUUCCUGGGGACGUACUGGGCGGCUGUGCCGGCUGUGUGUGACCUGUGGUUGGUGCAGGGUGAAGGCGUCAAGGCCGUGCUGCUCCUGAUCUGCCACCUGCUCCCGACGUAUUUCGUAGAUACCGCCAUCUACUCCGAUAUAUCAGGGGGCGGACAUCCUUACUUGACGGGUCUGGCAGUAGCAGGUGGAGCAUACUAUCUAGGGCUUGAAGGAGCUAUAUUUGGGCCCAUCCUCCUCUGCAUCCUGGUGGUUGCUGCCAACAUCUACAGUGCCAUGUUGAUGAGCCCCAGCUCUGCCCUGCCCACUCCAGUGCAGCCCCAGUGGCCUGUCCACCCUAUGAGGGACUAUGCCGAGUCCACCCCCUCUGUCCCGAAGACCAGCGAGUGAAGGCGUCAGAGUGUUCCAGUGAUUCCAGUCAGCUGAUUCUUCCAGCUAAGGGCUCACGAUUUUCGACCUGGCUCUGCACUAUCGAUGUGGACCAAGAAAGUGCCAGUUGUGACGCCGUCUGAGUACAGAAUGGAACCAUUUGUCCAAACUUUACGCCAGAUCUGCUCGUGUUAUUCAGCAGGCAAACAUCCUGAUCUUCCACCCGGACCAAUGACAGCUCAUGAUGUUCGUCAUAUUGUAAAGACACUAAGAGUGCCUAAAGUUAUUUUUAAUACUGAGAAAUACUUACAAGUCUUGCGUCUUUUAGCAAAUCAAAAGAGGAUGUAUUUUAUAUACUGAGGCUCCGAUCUCGAGUCCAAUUACCUGCUACUGUUUAAAGCUCUGACCUCUCCUCACAGAAAACAAGGUUACCGGUAGAACGUUCCAGAGUUCCCAUCCCUUAGGUUACGUUACCACGGUGGAGCUUUCGUUUUGACGAGCUCUAAACCAGAGACUGAUGGGAUUUUUGAUGCCGCAUUCAGGAAGUGGGAUCUAAGCCAAGGGGUUUACAGGAAAAGCCAGUUUUAACUCUUCAUUUAUUCAUUUUGAGUUGUCUUUUACUUCUGAGAGCACUUAACUGAUGUGGCAGGGCUAAAAGCACUUUCAGACGCAGCGCCUUGGUUCCGUUAGGUUCAAUUCGUUGAGCACUUUUAGGUUUGAGUGAUGGUGUGAUCCUCUUUAAAGAUGUCUGUACUAUUCACUUCAUCCACCUCACUGUUGCACUGCAAAACCUCAACCUUUUGAAAAAAAAAGACUUGUUUAAGUAGUUUUAAUAUUUUAUUUAUUUAUUUUAAAAAGUGCGAAAAGAUUUAUUGAGCUGGAACUGCAGAUGUGUGUAGAGUUGAUCGAUUAUUAGCCACCAUGUUGGCUAUCUGAGCCGGCAAAUGUUUUGUCUGAACGGUUUAUGGAAAAGGUUUUUUAUUUUUAUUUAACAGUUUUUGGAUAUGCACUGAAUAAAAGAUUAAUUAAAAACACA